AUUUUCUAACAUUUUCCGGUCCCACCACUAACAAUAUGCUCACCGCCACGUGUCUCUGCUGGCUUUUCGUAUUCUCACUGACCCAGAAUUCACUGGAAGCUCGUGUUAUCACUGAUAACAAGCUUAGUCUUGAAAAAAGAGCUCAAAAUCGUCUAAAACGGGAGUUUAUUCCGCAGAAUUCACCGCUGAACAACGUCCGAUCCGCCUUGCAAUGGAGGCCGAACAGUCAGCAACCACAGGGACAAGUUUAUAAAUAAAUCGAUAUAUUAAUAAAAUUUUUAUUGAUU